UGAAAAUACAGAUUUCAAUGUUAAGGAGAAGUCUUGAUGAUGCAGAGAACCCACACAACAAAAAAUCAAGACUUCUCUAGUUUUCAACCUAACACACUUUUCUUCACCCUCCUAUAAGUGGAUGAUCCCUCAUCUAAAUGCUGGCCCAUGGGUUUGGAUUGCAAAAGAUACUAAUGCUGAUGGACAGAGAAACUAUGCCUCCCAAGAUGAUGAAGAGAACCAUAUACAUAAAUUGUUGGAGCUUCUCUACAAAUUUGUUCAAUGGAUUUACCGUAGAAGACACUAAACAUGUAUCUCAAGCUUUUGAUAUUGUUAUUCUCGUAUUUUUAGUGGUGCUGUAUUACGGAAGCUUUUAUCUGACAAGGAUUCAUACAACCAAUUCUUGCUUUCACUUGAUCGGGUUAAAAUUCAAAACAAUUGAUGGUGCGGCUACACUAGUGCUAGGGAGCGGUAAGAAGGCAGUUGAGCUUAGACUCCAAGUGAUUGCUAAGAUUGCAGGAUAUGGUGAUGCUACUCAGGCACCUGAGUUGUUUACAAAUUACAACUACCCCAGCCCUUGCAAUACCAAAAGCUAUUUCUAA